AUGCAUCUCCAAACCCUCCUUCCCAUCCUCUCCGUCUUAGGAACAACCUCAGCUGCCGUUGCCUCCAAACCCGCAGCCCACCUCUGGGCAACCCAUUACAGUGGCGAUGUCUACUCCCUAACCUUGAAGAACAAUGACCUCUCCAUAUCGCAAACCCUCAAGACAUGCGGCGGCAUGCCAAGCUGGCUGACCCUAGACCCGAAAACCCGCACUGUCUACUGCACCGACGAGAGCGGCAGUGCCGAUCCCUCCACGCACGGCUCACUGACAGCCCUGCGUGUCAAGUCGGACGGCACGCUGCGCGAAGGCCCUGUCGCGCAGGCUGUCGGUGGCGGCGUGAAUAGUGUUGUCUAUGAAGCGGGUGGGAAGAAGUUCCUUGCGAUGGCGCAUUACGGAGGCUCGGCCAUCUCAACCUUCGCUCUACCAAUCAAACAAAACCAGCCAACCCUGCAAGCCUUCCAUUUCAACUUGACCAGGCCAGGCAAAGUCGAUCAGCAGGACUCGCCGCACCCCCAUCAAGUCAUCCUCGAUCCGACCGGCUCGUUCAUCGUCAGCCCGGACCUAGGCGCGGACCUGCUGCGCGUAUACGCGAUUGAGGACGGCGGCAAGCUGUCAGAGUGUCCGAGCGUGAACAUCACCUACGGAAGCGGGCCACGACACGGCGUAUUCUGGACAGAUGGCACCGGCCAGUCGGCCGACGCUGGGCCGAAGAAGACGGCGGCUAUUGGUGAGACGAAGCUAUAUCUCGCUAAUGAGAUCGGGGGUACGAUAAUGGUGUUUGAUGUUGCAUACCCGAGGUCUGGAUGUCUGUCUUUUGAGAAGAUUCAGACAAUGGUGCCGUACCCCGGGGGUGUUAUGCCUAAGGGUGCAACGCCGGCUGGGAUUAGUAGGGUUGGGGAUGAUAUUUAUGUUUCUAUUCGGAGUGAUCAAGGAUUCCAGCCGAGUGAUUCAAUGGUUCUGCUUGAUCGGUCACCAGUGGAUGGGUCGGUUGAGUUGCGAGACUCGACUUCUGCGCUUGGAAAGGUGCCGCGGACUUUCGUGAUUAAUCGGGCUGGGGAUUUGGUUGCCAUUGGGAAUCAAGCUUCUGCGACGGUUGCGAUUGUGCGUCGGGAUCCUAACACGGGGGAGUUGGGUGAAGAGGUUGAUGUUCUACAGGUUGGCCAGCCUGGGACAAUCGGGCUCGCAGAAGGUCUCAGCAGUGUCAUCUGGGAUGAGUAG